AGUUCUUCUUUUUUAUUGUUGGAGAAAACACUUUACAAUACAAAGCGCAUUUUGUGUGAAUUUUCGUAUUGCAAGCAUAUUGAAUUUAAAAGACUUAACGAGUGCACACAACCAUUUACACUAAACGAAAUAAUACAACAAAAAAGGUUAAAGAAUUGUUAAUACCAAAAGUUAAAUAUUUAGCAAGCAAAAAGAAGAAAAACCAUUACUAAUUUUUAUUUCAUAAAUGGAUAAAAGAAACAUGUAAUGAAACACUUAAACUAAGAAAAAAAGGAGACAAGAAACAAAAUACAAAAAAGGAAUUGCAGAAAUUUAGGUGUGACAUGAAGUGAUUACCAGUGGAGUAAUAAAAAGCAAAAAAUAAAAUAUAAAAAGUAUAAGAAGGAAAAAAGAAUUAUAUGAAUUCACAAGAAGGAUAAGAAAAAAUAAAAGAAAAAGCUAAAUAAUUAUUAAAAUAAUAGCAAAAAUCUGAAACGAGAAUUUGUGUUUCCUGUGAGCGUUUAAAUUGAGUGUUUGUGUAGAAGGAAAACUAAGCAAAAAUGCAAAACAGCCCCCGAUCAAAUGGAGCAAUAUCCUCGUUGCCCAGCACUUUGGCACAACUUGCUCUGAGAGAUAAACAACCUGCCCCGGCUCUACCCCACAGCUUACCACCCUCAGUGGGCGGUGGUUCAAGUGUGCUGUCAAAAGCCUCCGCGCUGCAACAAGCAAAUGGUGGUGCUGAUGCCAAUAAUGUAGGCCAUAAUGAUUCCAAUAAGCUGACUACAGAAUUACAAGAGAAAGAACAAGAAAACAAGCAACAACAGCAGCAGCAACUGUCACAACCAAAGCAAAAGCCACCUCUGCCAGUACGCAACAAACCCAUGGAAAUUGCAGGUUAUGUGGGUUUCGCCAAUCUGCCCAAUCAAGUGUAUCGUAAGGCCGUCAAGCGAGGCUUCGAGUUCACAUUGAUGGUGGUGGGAGCCAGUGGUUUGGGUAAGUCAACGCUCAUCAAUUCCAUGUUUCUGUCGGACAUCUACAAUUCGGAGCAAUAUCCUGGACCCUCACUGAGAAAGAAGAAGACCGUAGCAGUGGAAGCCACCAAGGUGUUGCUUAAAGAAAAUGGUGUCAAUCUUACCCUCACCGUGGUGGAUACUCCCGGCUUUGGUGAUAGUGUGGAUAACACCAACUGUUGGGUGCCCAUUUUGGAAUAUGUAGACUCUAAAUAUGAAGAAUAUUUAACGGCCGAAUCCAGGGUGUAUCGCAAACAAAUUCCCGACAAUCGUGUGCACUGUUGUUUGUAUUUCAUUGGCCCCACUGGCCAUGGUUUGAGGCCCUUGGAUAUUGCUUGCAUGCAAAGUCUGUCGGAUAAAGUUAAUUUGGUUCCUGUCAUAGCUAAAGCCGAUACUCUGACCCCCGAUGAGGUGCAUUUGUUCAAAAAACAAAUUCUAAAUGAAAUUGCCCAACACAAAAUCAAAAUCUAUGAUUUCCCCUCAACCCUGGAAGAUGCAGCCGAAGAUAGCAAAACUACACAAAAUCUACGAUCAAGAGUACCCUUUGCCGUAGUGGGAGCCAACACCAUAGUCGAACUGGCUGAUGGCAAGAAAGUACGAGGCCGCCGUUACCCCUGGGGUUUGGUGGAGGUAGAGAAUCUCUCACAUUGUGACUUUAUAGCUCUGCGCAAUAUGGUCAUACGCACCCAUCUGCAGGACCUCAAGGAUGUCACCAACAAUGUCCACUAUGAAAACUACAGAUGUCGUAAACUCUCCGAGCUGGGCUUAGUCGAUGGCAAGGCCAGACUCUCCAACAAGAACCCCCUCACCCAAAUGGAAGAGGAAAAGCGAGAGCAUGAAUUGAAAAUGAAGAAAAUGGAAGCCGAAAUGGAGCAAGUAUUCGACAUGAAGGUCAAGGAGAAAAUGCAAAAACUUAAAGAUUCCGAGCUAGAGCUGGCGCGCCGCCACGAAGAACGCAAAAAGGCUCUCGAACUGCAAAUACGGGAACUGGAAGAGAAACGCCGUGAAUUCGAGCGGGAACGCAAAGAGUGGGAGGAUGUCAAUCAUAUCACUCUCGAAGAGCUGAAGCGCAGAUCCCUGGGAGCCAACAGCAGUACAGAUAAUGUUGAUGGUAAAAAGGAGAAAAAGAAGAAGGGUCUGUUUUAAUUAGAGUUUCUUAAAAAAUAAAACAAAAACUAAAGCAACCACAAACAAAAGAUAAUACUUUAAAAUGCACAGUAUUUUUCCCCCACUUAAAAAAAACAAAGAUUUUAUUUUAUAAACACAAAUUUAUUUUUGUUCUUUGCUAACAUUCUCCUCCUUUUCUCUUGUACUACUGUCCCUUUUUUUAUAUAUUAUAUAUUUUCCCCCUGCUGCCCUUUUUUUAUACGAUUAUUAAAGAUGUAGAUUUUUAGAUUUAAAAAACAAAAACACAAAAUUUAUGUUAAAAAUUUUAUAUUGACGCUAUAUUUAGAUAAACUUUUCUAGUAAAGAAAUAUUAAAUUGCUUAAACAAUAAAACGAAACUAAAGUUAUAAAAAAGAAAAUAUUAAUUAUUAUGAACACGACAAGAAAUAUGUAACUUGAAAACUAUAUAUUAUAAUACAAAAUAAAAAACAAAUAGAUUUUUGACGCCAAAUACACAAAAUUUAAGAAGAAAUAAAAACGAUUUAAAAAAUUCUAUAA